UCUUUUUUCGCUCACGUGUGUUUACAGCACAUAGGAGGAGCAGUUUUGACAACUGAUUCACGUUUGUAUAUUUUAUUGAGCUUAAUUCAUCAGCCUCUUUUCCCAGUAUGAGCUCCCAGAUAACGUGUGUCGGAUGGGUGAAGAGGGGCGUCGCAAAGGAAACCCCGGACAAAGUUGAGCUGAGCCAAGAGGAGCUUCAACGCAUCAUUACUGAAGCUAAAGAAGAGCUGGGGGAACUAGCUGAGGAUGAAGAGGACGAGGAUGAUGAAGGCAUUUCUUCAGAUCCUAACAGUAACAUCACAGAAGCUGCAGAAGCUCCAAAGGAUGGGAUCGAAGUAGAGAAUGAGGAAGAUGAUGAGCUAGCGGAGUACGGCUUGGAUAAAUAUGAUGAAGAGGAUACAGAGACGGCUAAUCUGGGCGAUAGUCUGGCUGGGCUCACAGUGUUCAGCUCGAAUGAAGAGGAUCCUUACAUCACUAUCAAAGACACAGACCAGUAUGAGAGAGAAGACUUCCAGAUCAAGCCGAGUGACAAUCUCAUCCUGACUGGCAGGGCAGAGAAGGACUGCUGUAACCUGGAGAUCCACGUUUAUAACUCAGAAGAGGACUCUCUUUAUGUGCAUCAUGAUAUCCUGCUGCCAGCUUACCCUCUGUGUGUGGAGUGGCUAAACUUUGAUCCCAACCCUGCAGAAGCCACUGCUAACUAUGCUGCUGUGGGCAACAUGACUCCACAGAUUGAUGUGUGGGACCUGGAUGUGGUGGACUGUUUGGAACCGGUCUUCUCUUUGGGGAGUAAAAAGGCUUCCAAGAAGAAGAAAAAGAAGAGCAAGAAGGGGGCAGCAGCAGCAGAACCCAUCGAAGGACACACGGAUGCAGUUCUGGAUUUAUCCUGGAACAAACUGGUCAGAAAUGUGUUAGCCAGUGGAUCAGCAGACGACACGGUCAUCUUGUGGGAUCUUACACAAGGCAAGCCGGCUACAACUCUGUGCAGGCACACUGACAAGGUUCAGACAUUAUCCUUUCACCCAUUUGAGGCACAGACUCUGUUAUCAGGAUCAUACGACAAGACUGCAGUCCUGUACGACUGCCGCAGUCCAGACAACAGCUAUCGCACCUGGAGGUUCAGUGGUCAAGUGGAGCGUCUCACCUGGAACCACUUUUCACCGUGCAACUUCCUGGCCAGCACCGAGGAUGGAUUUGUCUACUGUCUUGAUGCACGCUCAGAUAAACCUGUUUUCACUCUGAGAGCUCACGAUGAAGAAGUUUCAGGUUUGGACCUAAGCAGCCAGAUUAAAGGAUGUCUGGUCACAGCAUCAGCUGACAAACACGUGAAAAUUUGGGACAUUUUGGGCAACAAACCCAACCUAGUGCACUCACGGGACAUGAAAAUGGGAGUGCUCUUCUGUGCUUCAUGUUGUCCUGAUCUGCCCUUUGUCUACGCCUUUGGUGGACAGAGGGAUGGCUUACGUGUUUGGGAUAUAAGCGAUGUAGCAGCAGUGGCUGAAGUGUUCGGCAGUCGAGAGCGCCUGGUGGUGAACGCAGGCUCACAGGCAUCAACCUCAGCAGCUACAGCAGACAUGGAAACCUCCUAGUGACGUCGUGGACACAUCAGCUAACUGUAUGAAUGAUUCCCUGGAAACUCUGAGGCUGCUCUGCCUGCUGGUUCCCUCCUCGAAGUUCUGCUCAUGGGAAAAAAGGGUGGAAAUAAAAGCAAAGGGAAGCUGCAUUCAUGAAGGAUAUGAAAGAUUUGCCAGAGUGCCAACUGAACUACAACAGCGGAAAAACUUGUUCAACUUGUCUUGCUGCAGAAAAGAGGAGAUGCACACUGAUAGAAGAGUGGAGAUGUUUCUUAUAUUUAUGUAAGGAAAUACUAACAGGAGUUUGUUUUGAUUGAGGGAUUCGGAUUUGUGUACAGAAAAGCAUCGCUUUUACUCUGGUCUUGUUCCAAAAUAAUUGCAUAACUGUGAUGUUAAUUGAAAAAAAAAACAGUAAAUGCAAUAACCUUGAAAGGACUUUAUUCUUUUCUUUUUUGUUACCUUAAGAUUUGUUCCAUUUGGCCUUUCCUCUUACGUUUCUAGAUAUUUUGAAGGGUAAUUGAUGAUUUGUGGGACUUUGCUACAUUUACAUACCUGGGUUUCCAGGUAGUCAUCGAUGAUGUGAGUUAAUGAAUUAAGCCUGUGCACUCACAUCUGGCCAAAGUAUAAACAAAUAAUAUACUCUGUUAAAUGUACAUCUUCAAUAAA